AUGGAUAUUGGAAGAAGGAGUACUCAAAAUUACAAUUGCAGAUGUCCCGUUCUCGUGGAAUUAAGGAAGCUAACAUAUUUUGUGGAUGAUCCUAAGGGUUUUAGAGACCAUUUUGGAAGAAUUUUAUCUGUUUUAUCUAUUGAUGUUGAGGAGGGUCUUCUCUGCACUUCGGUCCAGUUCUAUGAUCCUGUCUACCAGUGCUUCAUUUUCCCUGAUUAUCAGCUAUUACCUACCAUGGAGGAGUAUACACACCUUUUGGGUGUACCAGGUUCUGGAGUUUCUUUUAGUGGUGUGGAAGUAAUUAUUGAAUCUCGGGUUAUUGCCGAAGCCAUUCAUUUGAGGAAGUCUGACAUAGAGCCCAAUCUCACUAUCAAAGGAGGUAUAUGUGGAUUAACUUCGAAGUUUCUAUUAGAAAAAUCAUUUUCUUUUGCCAAUGCUGGUAGCAUGAUGGCCUUUGAAACUAUUCUUUCCUUACUCGUCUAUGGUUUGGUGUUGUUUCCUAACAUUGACAAUUUCGUUGAUGUUAAUGAUAUGAGGAUCUUCUUGAUUAAGAAUAUGGUUCCAACUCUGCUCGGCAAUACUUAUUUCUCCAUUCAUCAUAUGACUUCUAAAGGGGGUGGAACUAUAGUUUGUUGUGCGCCUUUACUAUAUAAGUGGUUUAUUUCACACUUGCCGCAAUCUCCUGUCUUCCAAGAAAACAAGGAUUGUUUGGGUGGUCUUAAAGACUUAUGUCUCUCACCAAUGACGACAUUACUUGGUAUUCUUCUGUUUACGACAAGGUUGAGAUUAUUGAUAUUUAUGGGAGUUCUCUAA